CAUCGCAUCGCAUCGCAUCGCAUCGCCGAGCACCCUUCCCGAGCCAUGAAGUCCAUCCUUGUCCUCUCUUCUGUCGUCGCCCUGGCUGCCGCCGGCACCAUCGACAUCACAAAGUACCCGCCUCUUGACCAGCAGGCUCCCCCCAUCCCCGGCAUCAACGCCAGCUAUGACUUUUCCAAGGUCCCUGCCAUCCCGGUCAAGGGCUGGAACGCUGCCGGCGGCUAUGCCAUCUGCCCCAGCACAGCCGAUGCCAUCAGCUGGUGCUCUCUCCCAUGUGCCCAGGGCAGUGGCUGCGAUGCCACCCGCAAGGACAUUAUCUCCAGCUGCCCGACCAAGGGCGACUGGGCCAUGACUUUUGACGACGGACCGAGCAACAACACCGUUCCCCUGCUCGAUUUGCUCGACAAGCUCAACCUCAAAGCCACCUUCUGCCUGGUCGGCUCCCGUGUCGUCGAGCGCCCCGAUCUCGUCCAGAGAAUGUUUGACUCUGGCCACCAACUCUGCGUCCACACCUGGAGUCACCGCGUUCUGCCUACGAUGACCUCGGAUGUCGUCAUCUCGGAGCUCGAGUACUGUGCUCGUGCCAUCCAGGACAUCACCGGCACCCGUCCCACUUACAUGCGUCCUCCUACCGGCGACACUGACGACCGUGUCCGUGGCAUCAGCGCCGCUAUGGGCUUCAAGACCCUUCUGUGGGACCACGACACUUUUGACUGGGAGGGCGUCAGCCUUUAUCCUAACGCCCUGUGGCCCCAGUGGAUCCAGAACAACUUUACCCAGUGGAUCAAGGACCCCAGCCUCACCAAGGGCCCGAUCUCGCUCGAGCACGAUGUCUACACCAUGCCCGCCGCUGCUGCUCUCCUGACCGUUCCCCUUGUCAACCAGGCGGGCUUCAAGAUCAAGACUGCGGGCGAGUGCUUGAGCGACAUGCGUGUCUAUCAAAACCAGAGCUACCUCCUUCCGCCCUCUGGUGUCGCUGGUGGCAAGCUCACCGUUUCGACUGCCUCGGCUUCGUCUGCCCCUGCCCCUGGUGCCUCUGCCACGGCCGGUGCCAACAAGCCCAGCUCCUCGAGCCGCAUUGCUCCCGCCUCAUUUGUUGCUGCCAUCGUGGCCGCUGUUGCUGCCCUUGUGUUCUAACGAACCACUGGCAGAUCCCCUGCGAUACGUGAGAUAGCUCGGCCUGUGUCGCAGACCCUGCACCAGCCCUCUAGCCAGCGCUCGUCGCUAGCCUAGAGGGUGAGCUGCGGUGUGUGCCUGCUAUCUCAGCUAUCUACCCCUUUUAUACUCCUUAUCCUCUUUGCUCCUUUUAACACACACAACCCGAUUCACGGUGUUCCGAGCCUAUGAAGUUUUCCAGUUUUUGACUCUCUUCAUGCAUCUAAUCCGUUCACCCACCCACCCGCAGAUUUUACUCUGCAUCACGCACCUUAAAUAAGCAAAAACAGAACCAUUGGUGGACGGAGGUGUGCCGUAGAUACAGGCGAUCCAAUAAAACGGGACAUCCCGGAUUUUGAUCAUUGA